CUUUCCUCAUCUUUUUAUCUCGAAACUAUUUCUUUCCCCUUUCUCGGUCUAAACCCUAAACUGAAAAUUUUCUGACUCUCCUCCAAUCUUCACUCUCCAUUCACUCAAAUUACUGCCAUGGCUAAGAAGAGGAAGCUCCCUUCAACCUCUGCACCAAAACCUUCUAAAGAAGCCAAAAAAGAAGAACCACCACCACAACAGCAAGAGGAAGAAGACGAAGAACAACUCGAAUACAAUCCUGAAGAAGAAAUUGAAGAAGAAGCGGUAGCUGAAGAAGAGGAAGAAGAGGUAGAUGAAGAGGUAGACGAAGAAGAGGAGGAGGUAGAAGAAGAUGAAGAAGAAGAAGGAGGUGAUGAUGAGGAAGAGGAAACCCUAAAAGAUGAGAAUAACUCGAACACAGUCCAAUCGGGUGUCGGAACAUCAUCGAACGGCGAUGGAAACGGAGAAAACGAAGAGGAUAAUGUUGUUGAUGAUGAAGAAGAAGUGUUUGAGAAUCUUAUCGAGCCAUUUACAAAAACACAACUCUCAGAUCUAUUAAAAGAAGCAGCGGAGAAACAUCCUGAUGUUCUUGAAUCGAUUCGUAAACUUGCUGAUGUUGAUCCGGUUCAUCGUAAGAUAUUUGUUCAUGGACUUGGUUGGGAUACAACUGCUGAAACCUUGAUUAGUGUGUUUAAAAAGUACGGUGAGAUUGAAGAUUGCAAAGCUGUCUGUGAUAAGGUAUCUGGGAAAUCAAAGGGUUAUGCGUUUAUUUUGUUUAAGCGGAGGAGUAGUGCCAAGAAGGCAUUGAAAGAACCACAGAAAAAGAUUGGAAGUCGAAUGACUGCUUGUCAGUUAGCUUCUGCUGGACCAGCACCAACUCCAGCUGCUGCAGUUGCUGCUCCACCGGUUUCUGAAUACACAGCUAGGAAGAUUUAUGUGAGCAAUGUUGGUGCAGAGGUCGACCCACAGAAACUAUUGGCUUUCUUUUCGAGAUUUGGUGAGAUUGAAGAGGGUCCAUUAGGGUUGGACAAACAGACUGGAAAGCCUAAAGGGUUUGCACUUUUUGUUUAUAGAUCAACUGAGAGUGCAAGGAAGGCUUUAGAAGAACCACAUAAGACAUUUGAUGGGACUGUUUUGCAUUGUCAGAAGGCAGUCGAUGGUCCUAAGCCAAACAAGUCAUACUUCACGCCACAUCAAUCGAAUCCGCAAGGUGGUGGCCAUGGGCGCACUGGGCGAGGAUCACAUUACCCACGGAAUGACCACCAUAAGUAUUCUGGCGGUGCAGGGAGUCAUAUGCCUGCUGCAGUACCAGCUGGAGGUCAUUUGAUGGCACAAGCUUAUAAUCCAGGUCAUGCACAAGGUUUGAAUCCAGUGUUAGGGCAGGCUUUAACGGCUUUACUGGCAUCAGGGGGUGGUGCUGCUGGAUUGGGGAUGGCAGCGAAUUUACUUGGAAUGGGAGCACCCGUCAACCCAUCUGUGCAAAUGCAGGGUGGAUAUGGGAAUCAGCCAAGUGCACUUGGAUCUAAUGCCAUGGCUGGUUAUGGAACUCAGCCUGGCAUGCAGGGAGGAUACCAAAACCCCCAAAUGGGUCAGCCCAAUGCUGGGAGGUCUCAACAGGGUGGUGGGCACAUGGGCGGUAUUCCACCUUAUAUGGGACACUAGAUAAGGUUCAGAUUCCUCUUAGGUGCUUCAAAAAUAUUUUAUUAUGGAACGGUGAUUCUUCUGAAGUUCCAAGAGCUCAUGUCAAGGCAAACCUUGUUUUUCUACAAAGUGUUACUGUUUUCUUAUUAAAAAACAGAAUCUAAGCAUCUGAAUUGGAGAUCAGUUUCUUUUUCUUUCGAACCUAUGUUUUUAUGGCAACUUUUCUCCCAAAAUAUGUAGUAGUGUUAUGAACUUAAAUGUCUUUCUAGCAUGUCUAGCUGGGUAUAAAACUUUGUUGAACUAAAAGAUCUUUUCUUGUUUUCAUGUUAUGUUGGAUUCAGUUAUACUUUUAAUAAUUACUACCCGGCUUCCUUGCUCAUUUUUUU